CUUUCUCUCUCUCUCUAGUCGUCUCCAUUUCAUAUGAAGUAUACACCAUUUCAUAAAAGAUCAUUCCAGGACAAGAUCGCUAAGGCCGUACAAAAAGAGCCCAAAACCCACCAUCGUCCGCUACAAUUUUUUCUGCGUUUAGUUCUCGAGGGAAAAAGAGAAAGUAGAGCAAGCAAUCAUGGUGAUGAAGGUCCAUGGAGCCGUCAUCUCCACCGCGACGAUGCGGGUCUUCGCCGCCCUCUACGAGAAAGACCUCGAGUUUCUGUUCGUCCCCAUCGACCUGCGGGCCGGCGAGCACAAGAAAGAGCACUUCCUCGCCCUCAACCCUUUCGGUCAAGUCCCGGCCUUCGAGGACGAAGAUUUGAAGCUGUUAGAAUCCAGGGCAAUUACUCAGUACAUUGCUCAUGUAUACGCGGACAAGGGCACUCCGCUCGUCUGUGAGGGCAAACCAAUGGCGACGGUUGGCGUGUGGAUGGAGGUCGAGGCCCUCCAGUUUGACCCCCUGGCGGUGAAGCUGCAGUGGGAGCUCGUGUACAAUCCAAGGCUUGGCAUGGCCACGGACGCUGCUGUAGUCGAGGAGAACGAGGCCAAGCUCGCCAAGGUCCUCGACGUCUACGAGGCUCGGCUGAGCCAGUCCAAGUACUUGGGCUGUGACUGCUUCACCCUGGCCGACCUCCACCACCUCCCAGCCCUGACCAACCUGAUGGGGACACCAUUGAAGAAGCUGUUCGAUGCCCGCCCCAAGGUGAGCGCAUGGGUGGCUGACAUCGUGGCCCGGCCUGCUUGGGCCAAGGUUCUUGCCAUGAGGAACCAGCAGUGAAGCACAGGGUCUAGUUCAAAUUGUCUGGUGUUGGGGAUGAUGAUGAGGAUGGUGUCUUGUGAAUGUCUAUCCUGGGUAAUGAAGACUUGACUAAUAAAGAGAGAGUUAAGUUUCUAAUGUCUCACCUUUAUAGCUUCAGUAGUAAUAAUUGCGGGAAGUGCUGGUUUUGUUUCUGCUGAUGAAGCCCUGUCCUUGCAUCAUCUCCAUGGGAAUGGCCUACGGUUUCAUAACCACUUUCCCCACCAAUCACUAGAUCUGUACCCAUUUUCAGUUAUUAAAGUACCAUAGAAGUUCACUAGACAAUAUUCAUGUACAAGUAUAGAUUUUAUACGUUCUUUUCAUAUUUCA